ACUAUUCUUUAUUUGUUCUUUGUACUUAUUGGGCCUCUCACGUGAUCCCUCCGGCAAAUGGCGACCGACUUCAUUGUUCGCUCACGUUCUCACCACAGAAAGGCGCACACACGUCCAAAUGCAUGCCCUUCUUGAAAUUAGGAUUUUUUUUUUAAAAAAAAAAAUAUUGCGCCUUUUUAUUAACCCAUUUAGUUUGUCAUCUGUAUAUGGGAGUGUGAUUGAGGGUCGGUCGCCAUAUAGUCAUGUUCUUCCAUCGUCUUCUCUUGUCAUGUAUCUUCACCAUCUUCUUGAUGUCAAGUUCUGUCAUUUCAUUACCAUUGUCCGCUUCUUACCUUCUUCAGUUCUUCCAUAGCCUCCCACUCCAAUCUCAAGAGCUUCUUCCAUGGAAGCAGCAAUCCCAAACCUCAUCUUCUUCUUCUUCACCUUGCCACUGGUACGGCGUUUCUUGCUUCUCAAACGGUCUCACUGUCAAAUCCCUAAACCUCUCGGGAUUGGGUCUCGUCGGUUUCCUCACCGAUUCCUUCCCUUAUCUCUGUCUCCACGACAGCUUGUUCUCGCUCGAUCUCAGCGGCAAUGGUUUCACUGGUCCUGUCCCUCGUCAGCUCCCCACCUGCAGCAAACUCACUGUCAUUCGGUUGAACGACAAUCGCUUUCAGGGUUCGGUCCCAGCUGAGAUUUUUCUUUCUGAUCGGAUCUCAACCCUUGAUUUCGGUCGCAACUCGCUUUCCGGAGAGAUUCCUCGUGAGGUGAGUUCCUGCACCAACCUCGAGUAUCUCGGUCUGUACGAUAAUUUUCUCACUGGGGACAUUCCAGUCGAAGUGUUGUCUCUGCCCAAGCUGAAGCAUUUGUUCUUGAACACGAACAAUCUCACCGGCUCUUUGCCAGGUUUCCCUCCUUCUUGCCAGCUUCUUGAUCUCUGGGUUCAUGAGAAUCAGCUUGUCGGGACAUUACCUGUUACACUCUCGAAUUGUCGUAAUCUUACAAGCUUCAUAGCUUCUGGUAAUGGCAUAGGAGGACAAAUCCCAGCAGAGAUGUUUAAAGGUCUUUGGAAUCUGCAGUUGCUAUAUCUUGACGGGAACAGACUUGAAGGUUCAAUUCCAGAUACUCUGUGGGAUCUUGAGAAUCUCGAGGAGCUUGUUCUGUCAGGGAACAAGCUCAAUGGAAGUAUUCCGGACAGGAUUUCUCAAUCUCAUCAGCUUUCGGUUGUUGCUCUUUCGAGUAAUAAACUGACAGGUGAGAUUCCUAGGACAGUAGGAGAACUCGUGGCCUUGAACUAUCUGCUCCUGUUCGAUAACAUGCUAACCGGUUCGUUGCCUCGUGAACUUGGAAACUGUAGUUCUCUGGUUGAACUGAGGCUUCAGAACAAUUACAUUGGAGGAAGCAUUCCCCGAGAGAUCGGGAAACUUGAACAGCUUCGGGUUCUGCUCUUGUUCAACAAUCGGAUAAGAGGCUCGAUACCCGCAGAGAUUGGUAAUAUGACAGGUAUUGAGCAGUUGGCUCUUUACAAUAACAGUUUGACUGGAACAGUACCAUAUGGAGUGACCCUUUUGAAAAAACUUAGGUUUCUUUCACUGGCUCACAAUAAUCUCUCCGGAGCAUUACCCUCAAGUCUUGGAAAGGAUUCUCCUCGACUGGAAAAGUUGGAUCUUUCCAGUAAUAGCCUUUGUGGACCGAUUCCUUCUGGUUUAUGCUCCGGUAACAGGCUCUCAGUCUUGGUUCUCGGGGAUAACAGAUUCAAUGGCAGUUUUCCAGCCGAGAUUGCUGAAUGCCCAUCUCUCAGGAGAGUGAUACUCAGCAAUAAUCUUUUGCAAGGGAACAUAUCUGAGAACCUGGGCAAGGAAUCUGGAAUUGAGACAUUGAACCUUGGAGGAAAUUUGCUGGGAGGACUGUUGCCAUCAGCUUUUGGUCAUUGGCGUAACCUGUCAAUGCUGGAUCUAUCAAGAAACAAGUUCUCCGGACCAAUACCCCAUGAAUUUGGACAGCUGGUGAAUCUCCAAGUUCUGAGACUUUCUUCUAAUAGACUGACAGGAGAACUUCCAUCUGAACUGAGCCGAUGUGCAAUGGUAAUUGAUCUCGAUCUCAGUAAGAACUGUCUCUCCGGAAGCAUUCCUCCAGAGAUUCUAACAUCUUUCGGAAAGCUGCAAAGCCUUUUCCUUCAAGAAAACAGGCUUCGAGGCGUGCUGCCUGACACUUUUGCUUCCCUAGAAAAUUUGAUCGAGCUGCAGCUUGGAGACAACAUGUUCGAGGGUCCUAUACCUUGCAGCCUGAGUGAACUUCAACAUUUCAGUCUGGUUCUUAACCUGAGCAACAACAGGUUAUCUGGCGAAAUCCCACCUUGUCUUGGCAAAAUGAACAAGCUUCAGAUUCUAGAUCUCUCGAGAAACAACCUUCGUGGUAAGAUACCAGAAGAGAUGAACAAUAUGGUAUCUCUGGAAUAUGCCAAUGUCUCAUCCAAUCACUUAAGUGGCGGACUUCCAUUGAUCUGGACUAGGAUAGCAGCCAGACAUCCAGGGUGUUUCUUUGGGAACCCUGAACUUUGCUUGUUGGGUAAUAAAGCUGGAGAUUGUGAAUCACUCCACAAACGUGGCAACAAGACAAGAAACCUCCUGGCUGGUUUAAUUGGUCUUGGUGUUUCUGUCUGUGUACUUUGUGUUGUCCUUUACAUUCUGGUUUCCAGGCAUCUCAAAGGAAACCGCUACUAUAAUCUUCAUCUUCCGGUUGAUUGCCAAUCUAAAACCGAAGAUUUGCCAGAUGAUAUGACGCUUGAAGACCUCAUGAGAGCUACCGAAGGAUGGAGUGACAAGUACGUGAUCGGGAGAGGCAAGCACGGGACAGUAUACAGGACAGAAUCAACCAAGUCCCGGAAAAAUUGGGCGGUCAAGAAGGUGAAUCUAUCCGAGGCAGAUUUUGACGUUGAGAAGAGAACUCUGAGCCUUGUCAAGCACCGAAAUGUUGUAAGAAUGACAGGGUAUUGCAUAAAAGACGGGUUUGGUUUCAUCCUGACAGAGUACAUGCCUCGAGGAACUCUCUUCAAUGCAUUGCACAGAAGUGAACCACCCAUUUCUCUGGACUGGAGGAUCAGAUACCGUAUCGCUCUCGGUAUAGCCAAUGGUCUUGCCUAUCUUCACCAUGACUGUGUGCCUCAAAUUAUCCACAGGGAUGUCAAGUCAGACAACAUUCUGUUGGAUUCUGAAUUCGAACCCAAGAUUGGAGAUUUCGGGACAGCAAGAUUGGUUCAUCAAUCAGACGAGACAAGCUCGGCAAGAUCAGUUAUAGUGGGCACCCUCGGUUACAUAGCACCAGAGAAUGCUUACUCAACAUAUUUGACAGAGAAAUGCGAUGUUUAUAGCUAUGGUGUCAUCCUGCUCGAGCUUCUGUGCAGAAAGCUGCCUGUAGAUCCUAGCUUCGAAGAAGGUCUAGAUAUAGUCUCAUGGACAAAACUAAACCUGCUUGAAGACGAAGAACCCAUAGGCUUUUUCGACAAAGAGAUCAGUCAUUGGGUCGGUGUUGAACAAGAAAAGGCACUCGGCCUCUUGGAAUUGGCGCUUCAAUGCACAGAGCAAACAGCCGAGUCAAGACCGUCCAUGAGAGAUGUGCUCAGGUCUCUGAUGAAACUAUAGGGUAGGCACUAGAUUCUGUAUAGGCAAGGUGAGCAAACAUCAUCUUCUGUUUCGAUCUUCCAAGCACAACUUGAACAUGAUUAUACAGCGCAUUCCCUC